GCACGGAGCCUGCUAGCCCUGCGGACUCUAAUGAGACCUAUGAGUCCAUACAACACUUUGUGUGACCAUGAACAUGGCUUCUGUUUUAUUGGGCGUGUGUGGUGAUGGGAAUAGCCGUGGUGGUGACAAGAGGAUGGCCACAAGGGGACAACCACGGUGAUGACUGGGGAAUGGCCAUGGUGCUGACAAAGCUGUGAUGAUAACCAGGGGACAGCCACAGUGGAGACGAGUACAGUUGUGCUGGUAAUGAGAGGGUGGCCAUGGUGAGCACUGGAGGAUGGCCGUGGUCAUGACAAGGGGACAGUAGGGUGGGUGACCAAGGGGUGGCUACAGUGGUGACAAGAGGAUAGGCUUGAGAGGACAGCCGUAGAGGAGAAAAGGGAUGGCUGUGGAGAUGAAGGAGCAGCAGUGAUUCUGGCAUUACUGGGAGAAGCAGCUGUGGUGGCUGCUUAUGGUGGCCCUGCUGUGGGGACACUGAGGAGAUCACCAGCUUGAUGGUACCUGUCAGGCUUCAUCUGCCAAGGUGAUACUGCAGAUGCUGUGAGGCAUGGCCACUCCAUGCCACUGUCUCCAGCUGUGGCAUAGCAGGCAUGGGGUUGUCCCCAUGCUGCCAUGGGGACAGGCACAAUUCCUUACUGUGGUUGUGUCCCUGUGUGUCCAUGGUACUUGCUGACAUCCCUGUGCCACCACAGAUGGGCAAGUGUCACCUGUGUCCCCCAAAUCACUGGGUGACCCUGUGUCACCAGAGCUGGGACCUCUGUGUUGCCUUAGCAGCUCUGUCCCCCAUGUCCUCAUGUGACUGUGGCCUCCAUAUGCCCACAUUCCCCAUGUCCCUGUGUCACCAUAUCAGCUGUGCCCUCCAUGUCCCUUGUGUUCCUAUACUGCCUAUAUCCUUCAUGUCCCCCUACGUCCCCCAGCUCCCUGUGUUUCGUGUGCUCCCUGUGUACCAGUGUCCCUCUAGCCCCAUAUCAGCUGUGUUCCUGUGUCCCUCCAUCCCUCAUGUGCCAAUAUCCUGUGUAUUCUGUGUUCUGUAUUCCCUGUAUUCCCCUUGUCCUGUGUCCUCAAUCCUCCUGUGUCCCUGUACCAGCUCUGUACCCAGUGUCCCUGAUGUUCCUGUGUCCCCUGUGUUCCUAUAUCCCCUGUACCUGCUAUGUCCCUUGUGUCCCCCAUGUCCAGAAUAUGCAGCCACAUGUGUCCCCUGUCCUGUCCCCAGUGCAGUGGGGCUGGCCCAGGUCUGUGAGGACAGCCGGGGGGGCACACGAGUGGGACACAACUCCCGGGGCGGUGAAGGUGGCUCCGGGGGGCUCACGACCCUCCCUCGCCAAGUCCCGGUUCACCCCCAGCUCCGGGAGGGCAGGAGAAGGGGCUGCUCCGGGGAGACGGGAUUGUGAUGCCCCGAGACGGUUCCAGUGCUCUUCCUGGAAUAACAGUCCCGAUUCCCUUCCCAGGGAAGAGAUCCCGAUGCCGUUGCCGGGGGUGCAUUCCGGGGAUUACGUUCCCAGUCCCGUUUCUCACUCCCAAGGAUGAUGGAUUCCCUGUGCCAUUUUCAUGGGUAACACUCACAGUGUCUAUGGCCGGCGCCAAUCUCGGGAUACCGUUCCUGGAGUCCUGUCCCCGGUUCUGUUCCCGGGUAUAAUUUUGGGCGUGCCGUUCCUGGGAGUUCCAUUCCCAUGUCUCUAUUCCCGGCACCAUUCCCAUUCUCGAUGCCGAUUCCCGGUGCCGUUCUCAAGGGAAGCGUUCCCGGAGGCAAUGCUGGCUGCCGUUCCAGGGGGGUCUGUUCGUGAUCCGUUGCCCAUUCCCGCUCCCUGGGGUGAUGCCCCGUGUCGUUCCAAGGGUUCCGCUCCCGGUGCCCGUUCUGGGCGAUGCGCAGUGCCGCUCCCGGUGCUAUUCCCGUUGCCGGGGGCGAUGCCGGCGCUGUUCCCGGGGCGGGGGCAGGUGGCGGCAGGUGCGCGGAGGCCGGGCCGUUGCCGGGGGCGGGGCCGCGGCGCCGGUGCUCGCACCGGCCGAGCUGCCGCCGUUGCCGCCGCCGUUGCCGCCGCCAUGGCCGGUACCGGAGCCCAGUGGAUGCCGCUGGCGCUGUGUCUGGCCGUCACCGUAUCGCCGGGACGCACCGGGGAGCAGCUACACGUCUGCAAGGAGUCCGAGUACCACUAUGAGUACACAGCGUGUGACAGCUCAGGCUCACGCUGGAGGGUGGCUGUACCACACACACCUGGACUCUGCACUGGCCUGCCUGACCCUGUCAGAGGCACUGAGUGCUCAUUCUCCUGCAAGGCGGGCGAGUUCCUGGAGAUGCAGACACAGAUGUGUCGGCCCUGUGCUGCGGGCACUUACUCGCUGGGAACCGGUGUCCGCUUCGAUGAGUGGGACGAGGUGCCCCAUGGCUUUGCCAAUGUGGCCACCAACCUGGAGGUGGAUGACAGCUUUGGCGAUGUGGCAGAGAACUGCACAGCGUCAACGUGGGUGCCACUGGGGGACUACGUGGCCUCCAACACGGAUGAGUGCACAGCCACCCUCAUGUAUGCUGUGAGCCUCAAGCAGUCGGGGACUGUGACCUUCGAGUACAUCUACCCUGACAGCACCAUCGUCUUUGAAUUCUUCGUGCAGAACGACCAGUGCCAGCCCACGAUGGAGGAGUCCCGCUGGAUGCGGACGACAGAGAAGGGCUGGGAAUUCCACAGCGUGGAGCUGAGCCGCGGGAACAAUGUGCUGUACUGGCGGACCACCGCCUUCUCCGUCUGGUCCAAGGUGCCUAAACCGGUGCUGGUGAGGAACAUCGGCAUUACAGGGGUGGCUUUCACUUCCGAGUGCUUCCCCUGCAAGCCCGGCACCUUCGCCCCCGCCGCCGGCUCCACCGCCUGCCAGCCCUGUCCCGCCGACACCUUCUCCGGCAAAGGGGCCACCGCCUGCCAGCCCUGCGACCCCGACACCUACGCCGAGCCCGGCUCGGGGUCCUGCAAACCUCGCCCCCCCUGCACGGACAAGGAUUUCUUCUAUACCCACACGGCCUGCGACGCCGACGGGGAGACUCAGCUGAUGUACAAGUGGGCAGAGCCCAAGAUCUGCAGCGAGGAGCUGCCGCAGGCCACCCGGCUGCCACCCUCGGGGAUCAAGACCCGGUGCCCCCCCUGCAACCCUGGCUUCGCCAAAGGCAACGGCAGCACCUGCCAGCCCUGUCCCUAUGGCUUCUAUUCCAACGGCUCCGCCUGCCUCAGCUGCCCAGAGGGCACUGAGCCAGCGCUGGGCUUCGAGUACAAGUGGUGGAACGUGCUGCCCCCCAACAUGGAGACCACCGUGCUCAGUGGCAUCAACUUCGAGUACAAGGGCAUUGCAGGCUGGGAGGUAGCUGGGGACUACAUUUACACGGCACCUGGAGCCUCUGACAGCGAUUUCAUGAUCCUCACACUGGUGGUCCCUGGCUUCAGCCCUCCAAGCCCAGUGCUGGAGGACACAGAGAGCAGAGAGGUGGGCAGGAUCACCUUUGUUUUCGAGACACUGUGCAGCGUUGGCUGUGAACUCUACUUUAUGGUGGGUGUCAACUCACGCACCAACACUCCCGUGGAGACAUGGACAGGCUCCACAGGGAAACAAUCCUACACCUACCUGGUAGAGAAGAACGCGACCAUGAGCUUCACCUGGGCCUUCCAGCGCACCCCCUACCACGAGGCGGGCCGGCGGUUCACCAACGAUGUGGCCAAGCUGUACAGCAUCAACGUCACCAACGUGCAGGGGGGGGUGGCCUCCUUCUGCCGCCGCUGUGCCCCCCAGCCCACUGGGUCCUGUGCCCCAUGUUCCCCUGGCAGUGCUGUGGACCCUAGCUCGGGCACCUGCCAGCCCUGCCCACCUGGCACCUACCUGCAGGGUCACCCCUCCGAUGGGACACCCACCUGCCACCCCUGUGGCCCUGGCACAUGCAGCAACCAGCUGCGGUCGCUAUGCUACAACAACUGCAGCCUGGCACUGGCACUGCCAGGCCGGAUGCUGCACUUUGAGUUCCCGUCCCUGGGCAUGGGUGCCGGGGUGGGCACCGGACCCAGCUUCACCCCCAAGGGGCUGCCCUACAGCCACCACUUCCGCCUUAGCCUCUGCGGACACCAGGGCAGGAAGAUGGCCUCAUGUGCUGACAAUGUGACGGCAGGUCGGGGGGGCCCUGCCCGUGUGGUCACCUCUUACGUGUGCCAGGCCAUCCUGGUGCCCCCUGACGUCACCGGUGCCCGUGCAGCUGUGUCUUCUCAGCCCAUUAGCCUGGGUGACCACCUGCUGGGUGUCACCACCAGCUCUGUGCUGGACAGCAUCGUGUCUCCCCCAGAGCUCUUCCCCCCCGGCCACCCUGACCUGCCUGACAUCAUCUUCUUCUUCAGGUCCAACGACAUGACACAGCCCUGCAGUGGUGGCCGGGCCACCACCAUCCGCCUGCGCUGUGAUCCCCUGCACCUUGGCACUGGCACCUUGGCUGUCCCCAGCAAAUGCCCCGAGGGCACCUGCGACGGCUGCACCUUCCAUUUCCUAUGGGUGACGGCCGAGGGAUGUCCCCGCUGCUCCAGCUCCCACCACCGCCCCAUCGUCAGCGCCUGUAUCGGCGGCGUUCAGAAAACCACCUACGUGUGGCGGGAGCCCCGGCUGUGCCACGGCGGGGACGCCCUGCCGCCGCAGGUGAUCCAGGCGUGCCGCAGCGUGGACUUUUGGCUAAAAGUGGGAAUUUCCACUGGGACGUGCGUGGCCGUCUUGCUGGCCGCGCUCGCCGCUUAUUUCUGGAAAAAGACUCAAAAGUUGGAAUACAAAUAUUCCAAGCUGGUGAUGGACGCGGCGGCCCGGGAGAGCGACGCGACAUCGCCCGACAGCUGCGCCAUCAUGGAGGGGGAAGACGCGGAGGACGAGCUGCUCUUUGCCACCGAAAUGUCACUUUUUGGAAAACUUAAAGCCCUGACGGCCAAGUUUCCCCACCACAGGAGGGCUGCGUGCCUCAAUUUCCCCACCCCACAGCGGAUGCCGGAUGGAUUCGACUCGGUCCCGCUCAAGACCUCAUCCAGCAGCACCAAUCAGGAGCUGUAAUAGCACGGGGGUCACCUUCGCAUCCCCCAGUCCUCCCAGGAGCUGUGAGAGGGCAGAGGGGCACCCACGGAUACCCCGCCCCCGGGCAGCUGUGAAGGGAAGGGGGGGUACUCACGGCGCACCCCCCGCCCCUCCAGCGUGGCCUUAGGAACCCGCUUCGGACCGGAGCUUCGUUACGGCUUUUGUAUGUGUGUGCCCCCUCCCCAUGUCCUCCAUCCCGAGCACCUAAAAAUGCCAAAUACAGGAGUGGGGUUUGUAUAA